AUGGCUGGGUGGACAAUGUAUAAGGCGCCUCGAAUGCCUUCUAGAGGGAGAGUCCGGAAACCUUCAGUCAGCAUACCUUCCUGGACAAACGCUGAUUCAACAGCUCUCUCAGGGGCAGCUCGUACAUGCACCUUUACACCGGACUUCCUUCGGCAACAACGGCAACAGGUGGCUGCCAGGAAUGCUGCGCAACGCGCCAACAUGACGACCGUAGAGGAGAGCCAGCCAAGCCUGAGCGCUCGGGUCAGGAGGCUCAGAAGUAAAGAAGGGUAUCCUGCCCAGUGUUUUACUUUUGGGAAGUCUGAAAAUCUUGCCAUGUCCCGCGAGGUCAACUCGACGGAGAAGGCAUUAGAUAGUAUACGGGAAGCUGAGUUUUGUAGGCAAGCAGAUAUGGCUGACUUUAGUGAAGCCUGGUACUCAGACUUGCUCGCGACAGCGGCCGAUGGACUUAGCGAGGCGGUAGAAGGGUCAAGUGGAAGUGGAGGCGAAUUAGGAUCUCAUGUGGAAAGGCUUCUAGAUAUCAUUAGAAGAGAUCUACAGUAUGGCCUGCGAUAUACGGGUUUGAUAGAUUACGUUUGUUGUCUCAAUGAGAAUGACGUGAAGGAACUGAUAGCUCAGGGGACAAAUUUGGUCGAGUUCCUCUGCCAGUUCAAAAAGAGCUCAUUCGCGCUCUGCUAG